CAUCUCUAUUUGGUUUGGGAUUUCUUUGAUUUGUCAAAUCAAUUUGUUUCCCCUUUUUCAUUUCCCCUCCUUUUUGUAUCAAUCAAAAUCAAUGGCAAUGGCAAUGGCAAUGGCAAAUGGCAAAGAAAAAAGGAAAAUGGCUGUGCUAUUUUGACUCAAAUCUUGCCCAAAAUCACAAAUCAAGCCAUUGUUGCAGAGAGAGAGAGAAGAAACAGAGAAAGAGAAGAGAGAGAACAAUCAAUCAACCCCACCGUGUUUGGAGGGAGUUUCCAUCUUCGAUUUCUUCAAUUUUUUUCUCUACUCUCAAAAGUUUACCAGAAACUCGUUUUUGGGGCGCCAACUUAGAACCCUAAAACUCAGAGCAAUGUUUCUCUCUCUUUCUCUGUUCAUGUCUAUCUCUGUCAGAUCUUGAGCACUCUCUUCCACAUCAUUUGUUACGGAUCGUAUUCAAAUAUAUAUAUAUAUAUAUUUUUAUGAAUACUGUGUGAGCUUUGUCUUUCUCAGUAUCUGUGCUUGUUUUUUCUGUUGUUCUACUAGUGUAACUUGUUUGAUCGAUGAAGUGGAAAUGUGGGUGUGAUCAUGCCAAUGUAAAUGGUUCCGAGUUCGUUCUGCGGCUGAUCGGUGCUUCAAGUGUUCAUCUCGAGUUCUACCUGCUGUGUUAGUAAUGGCGGAAGUUCGAGUUUCUGAUCCUAGUAAGCUCCAUUUGAAGAAGGAACUUACUCAAAUCCGCAAGGCUGCUCGUGUUCUGAGGGAUCCCGGCACUACGUCGUCUUGGAAGUCUCCGCUUAGUUCCUCUAGAUCUGUACUGGCUGCCGCAACUACAACUGCAACUGCAACCGCGGCGGCCGGAGGAACAUCUUCUUCUUUGAAUAAGAAUUUGGAAUGUGAGACCAGGAGGCAUAGUGGCCAAUCCCAACUAGACGCCGUCGUUCCUCUCCGAAGCGACAAUCGGAAUCUGAAGGACAAGAAGAUAUACCUCUAUAAUUGGAAGAGCCAUAAAUCAUCAAGCGAGAAGAGUGCUACUCAUCAGAACGAAGAUCGUGAUGGCAACGACGAUGCUAAUGAUGGGUCUUAUUCAGCUCCAGGAGUCAGUGUUGAUGAUAGCUUGAGCGAUGCUCGAAAUGGAGGCGACUCGAAAAGCGACAGCUACUUGGGAGAUCUCUGUUCUUCAAUGGUGUUCAGGUGCGGUGAUGCGAAUCUCGUGUCGUACGGUGGACCAUCGGCCAAACGCGCUUCUGCAUUCAAGAAGAAGAGUAAGAAGCAUAGUUCCCAUUUGGAUGUUUUGCCUAGAAAUCCAAAAAAAGGCCCUCUUCUUGGUAGGAAAUUACUCGAGGGCCAUCCUUCAUUGUCUAUUAAUUUCAGCCAGGAUGAUUCGAUCGAGCAGUCUGAUGACACCGAAGAUUACUCUAAUUCGGAGGAUUUCAGACGAUAUUCUGCGGCGUCCCCUUUGUUAUUGAAGCUGAAGCACAAAAGUCUCCACCCAUCUUCUAAGUUCUUGAGAAACAGCCGAAAAGAGGAUUCUUCUUACUCGUAUAGCACCCCAGCAUUAUCAACUAGUUCUUACAAUAGGUAUGUUAAUCAUAACCCAAGUACUGUUGGGUCUUGGGAUGGCACCACAACUUCCAUUAAUGAUGCGGAUGAUGAAGUGGAUGAUCGAUUAGAUUUUCCUAGUCGACAGGGGUGUGGUAUUCCUUGCUAUUGGUCAAAGAGGACGCCAAAACAUAGGGGAAUUUGUGGAAGUUGUUGCUCUCCUUCACUUUCUGAUACCUUGAGAAGGAAGGGAAGUAGCAUUUUGUUUGGUAGUCAAAAUAUUUAUUCUAGGCGCAAAUCAAUAAAUUCCAGUAAGCGAAGAUUUGCUUCAGGAAGUGCUCGAGGUGUUCUUCCAUUGCUUACUAACAGUGCAGAUGGGAGAGUUGGUUCGUCGGUAGGAACCGGGAGGAGCGAUGAUGAACUGUCUGCUAACUUUGGGGAGCUUGAUUUGGAGGCUCUGAGUAGGUUAGAUGGACGAAGAUGGUCAUCUAGUUGUAGAAGUCACGAAGGGCUAGAGAUUGUUGCUUUAAAUGGGGAAGUAGAGGAGGGAGGUACACCAGAAAGUACGAGAAGUUUCAGUCAGAAGUAUAGGCCAAUGUUCUUUAGUGAACUGAUAGGUCAGAAUAUAGUGGUGCAGUCACUUAUAAAUGCUAUUUCAAGGGGUCGGAUUGCUCCUGUUUAUCUUUUCCAAGGUCCACGUGGGACUGGAAAAACAACAACAGCAAGGAUUUUUGCUGCUGCGUUGAAUUGUUUAGCCCCUGAGGAAAAUAAGCCGUGUGGGUACUGCAGAGAAUGCACUGAUUUCAUGUCUGGCAAGCAAAAGGACCUCUUGGAAGUUGAUGGAACAAAUAGGAAGGGAAUAGAUAGAAUUAGAUACCAAUUAAAAAAGUUAUCAUCCGGGCCAUCUUCCGCCUUCUUGAGAUACAAAGUUUUUCUCAUUGAUGAGUGUCAUUUGUUGCCCUCUAAGACAUGGCUCGCAUUUCUCAAAUUUUUUGAAGAACCUCCUCAACGUGUUGUUUUCAUAUUUAUAACUACUGAUCUUGACAGUGUACCUCGUACCAUUCAAUCAAGGUGUCAGAAGUACAUAUUUAACAAAAUAAAGGAUUGUGACAUGGUGGAAAGACUGAAAAGAAUUUCUGCAGAUGAGAAUCUGGAUGUUGAUUUUGAUGCAUUGGAUUUGAUCGCUAUGAAUGCUGAUGGUUCACUUAGAGACGCCGAAACUAUGUUGGAACAGUUGAGUUUGUUGGGGAAAAGGAUAACAACAUCUCUGGUUAAUGAACUUGUUGGCAUUGUUUCUGAUGAAAAAUUGCUGGAGCUUUUAGCAUUAGCAAUGUCAUCUAACACUGCUGAAACAGUUAAAAGAGCAAGAGAUUUGAUGGACUCUGGGGUUGAUCCGCUAGUUUUGAUGUCUCAACUUGCCAGUCUGAUUAUGGACAUUAUUGCUGGAACUUACAACAUUAUUGAUGCUAAAGACAGCGCCUCAUUCUUUGCUGGACGCAGUUUGAGCGAAACAGAAGUGGAAAGGUUAAAGCAUGCUCUGAAGUUUCUUUCAGAGGCUGAGAAGCAGUUGAGAGUUUCCAGUGAGCGUUCAACCUGGUUCACAGCAACUCUGUUACAACUUGGUUCCAUAUCUUCUCCUGAUUUCACUCAGACGGGCAGCAGUAGGAGGCAGAGCUGCAAGACAACUGAUGAUGAUCCAUCAAGUACUUCAAAUGGGACAAUUGCCUACAAACAAAAGUCAUUUGCUCAACUUAUGCCUCCAAAGAUAAGUUCUCCUGCAUCUUUGUGCAACCUGAAAAAUGGGAAUUAUAAUAAUCAAGGGGAUUCCUUGCCUAUGGUUGAUAGUUUGAGUUACAACUCCAAGCCCACACAUAAGCAGUUCAUGGAGGGUAAAGACUUGGGUUUUUCACGUGAAGAUACUAUUAGAAAUAUGAUCUUCAGAAGCAAAAACUCAGAAAAGUUGGAUAGCAUCUGGGUACAUUGUAUUGAAAGAUGCCACUCAAAGACGUUAAGGCAGCUCCUGUAUGCUCAUGGAAAGCUUUUGUCCAUCUCGGAAUCUGAAGGUACCCUUAUUGCUUACGUUGCCUUUGAGGAUGCAGAUAUUAAAUCCAGGGCUGAAAGAUUUUUGAGCAGUAUCACAAAUUCUAUGGAGAUGGUUCUUAGAUGCAACGUGCAAGUCAGAAUCAUUUUGUUACCAGAUGGCGAGACUUCUAUUAAUGGUAUGACGGCGGCCAAGUUACCCGAAGGGGUAGAACACGAACCAACCAAUAAAGAAAGGAAAACUGGAAAUCAAAUUGCAAUGGAGGGCUAUUCUAACCGAUCCUUGAUGCUGGAUGCAACAUACCAAUCAACCUCUGAUUCAUCGCAGCUACCAACUGAAAGCAACAAUAAAAAAGAUGGUUCAAGGGAUAGGAGACAGGAGAUCCCAAUGCAGAGAAUAGAAUCAAUUAUUCGUGAACAAAGGUUGGAGACUGCCUGGUUACAGGCCAUGGAGAAAGGUACGCCUGGAUCGUUGAGUCGUCUGAAACCUGAGAAGAAUCAAGUUCUGCCUCAAGAUGGUUCAUACUAUAAAGAUCAAAUGGACGAAAUGAAUUCAACUGGCGACUCCUCUCGGAAAUGGGAAGAUGAAUUAAACCAUGAACUCAAAGUGCUGAAGAUUAAUGAUGACAUAAUAGCCCAGAAGGAGCAGGUUGGCAGACGAGUUGACCGCUAUUCAAUCUCCCCGAGUAUAUUGCACGAUGGCAGCAUGCUGGGAAAUCCAAACAAGGAUAACCUGGGGUAUGAGUCAAGUUCAGCAGCUGGUGGUUGUAGCGGAUUGUUCUGCUGGAAUAACAACAAGCCCCAUAAAAGGGGGAAGGUAAGAGCGAACCCUGUUCGGUCUCGGAAUGGAAGAUUUUCGCUGUUUGGGGAGUGUGGGAAGUCGAGGAAUUCAGGGAGCCGAUUUAGAAGACAAACAUGAUCAUGAUGCCUCUUUUUAAGUCUCAGAUAUAUUGGUUUUUCCUGUGUAAUUUUGUGUAGUUUGGUACCAUUCUUUAUGGGUCAUGGAUGGAGGGUAGUUCAUGUAAAGUUCUCAUCAAUUUGGGUGGAGUUAUUAUGUUUGUAAGCCUCAUCCUGAUUUAAUUGAACCAAUAAAUGCUUAGUAAUGAACAUUGGAAUGUCUAAUUGGGGGAGCUUCCAAAUACAAUUCAAGUGCAUUUUAAACUUC